GAGAGGCGCCAUGAAGAAACACCUGAGUCCGACCAAACAGCAGCAGCAGCCGCCGGCGGAGGUCCCCCCGGCUCCCGGCGGAGAGGUGACCGUCCAACAGCUCAACGAGCUGCUGUCCAACGGCAGCGGCUUCUACAGCCUGCCGACCCAGCACUUCAACGAGGUCUACCCCCGGAUAUACAUCGGCAACGCGUUCGUAGCCCAGAAUACAAUGCGUCUGCAGAAACUGGGAGUGACGCACGUCUUAAACGUGGCAGAGGGCACCUCCUUCAUGCACGUCAACACCAGUGUGGAUUUCUACGCCGGCACGGGCAUCACGUACCACGGCAUCCAGGCCAACGACACGGAGCAGUUCAACCUCAGUGCCUUCUUUGAGGAGGGGGCUGAUUUUAUCGACAAAGCCCUCGCACACAAUAACGGCAAAGGGAAGGUGUACGUACACUGCAGAGAAGGCUACAGCCGCUCCCCCACCAUGGUCAUCGCUUACCUCAUGCUGCGCCACAAAAUGGAUGCCCGGAUGGCGGUGGCCACCGUGAGGCAUAAGAGAGAAAUCGGUCCUAACGACGGCUUCCUCCGCCAACUGUGCCAACUCAACGAGAAGCUGGCGAAGGAGGGCAAGCUGAACGGGGAGGUGGGCAAACUAAAGACCAAAUGAAAGCAGGACACACCCUCUGCCCUGUCUCCCUCCCUCCCAUCACGCCUUUCACAGGCUUCAGCUGCUCUCGGACCCCCACCCUGACCAAACCAGCACCCAUCUGACACACCAAGGGGUAUUCUGAAACACACACGUACAUGCAUUUGUCUGUGUAGAUAAUUAUUCCACAUGCACACACACAUUUUCUUUCUAAUCUUCAGUUCACGGCGACAAAGAGUGUGAUCUCAAAAUACUUUUCCCCUUUUUUAAAAACUCGCUGCAGGUCCCCCAAAGCAGCACCUGAAAGCAUUCCCACGAGUUAAGAAGGUGAAAACUUUGCCCUGAUUUUUAAGAUUUUUUCCUUAAAUAGAAGAUUAUAGCACAAUCAUUCCAUAGUUUUCCACUGCCGGGAAUAUCAGCGAUGUCUCCGCAAGCAGGAGUACUCUAUAAAAUUCCAAACGAACUUUUAGAUAUUAACCACGCAGACGAAAAUAAGUCCAAUAUGUGAAUGGAUGGAGGAAAAUCCCAAACAUUCCAUGAAAAAAGUUUUGUUUGCCCUCUUGAUCCUUAAAUUCUCUCCCACCUUUAGGGGCAGAUGUUAAAUGCACAAAUGACUCACACUCUGAUGCAAGCUGUAGCUCUGUGUGGCAUUUUCAAUCCCCGACUCCGCGGCCUCUAGUUUGAUGGCGGUAUAUGUCGUGUCUCUGGGAGCAGCAAAGGUCAAGCCAAUUAAAAAUAACGAGCUGCUGCAGCGCGGGGUUGCUCAUGUAGCGGGACAUAUUUAGCUGCUGAUGUGACGAAUGUUCGUUGGAGCUAAAUGUGACGUUUUAGUUUGUCAUCGAGCUGCACACGAGACAAAUCUCGUUUAGUAAGCGUGCGCAGUAUCUGAGCGAAACACUGGACUGAAUACCCCCUUUAAAAAAAAGCCUCAAAUGAGCUAUUUUACAGUAUUUUAUUUUCUAAAGUGGUUUAUUUACAAAUUCAGUUUCAACCUGCAUUAGAAACAAUAAGAGACAUUAAAUUUGAAGAUGCAAAGGAAAUUUUUACGCUUGAUAAAGACAGUUAGUCGAAACACAAUCUGCUGGUUCAGUUUGUGUGUUAGAGGCAAGAGUUAUAAUGGUGAUAAACACUUUUUAAUAAGAACUGUAACAAUAUAUAUAUAUAUAUUUAU